AUGUGUGGCAGAGCUCGCUGCUCCCUGGCCCCCGAGGACGUCGCCAAGAAUGCCCGCGUGGAAGGCGACAGGUGGCGCGACCGCGAGAAGUACAGGCCCAGCUACAACGUGGGCCCAGGGCGUUGGCUGCCUAUCGUGAAGCAUGCGGCCGACGGUGGGCGGGAGCUGCAGACCAUGAAGUGGGGCCUUGUGCCCAGUUUCACACAAAAGGGUUCAUUACCCGAUCAUUUUCGCAUGUUCAAUGCUCGUUCAGAGACAAUUGUGGAGAAGCCUGUAUUCAACAGGCUGUUGAGCUCAAAGCGCUGUGUUGUGGUCGUCAAUGGCUUCUAUGAAUGGCAUGGAGAUGGACAGCAGAAGCAACCCUUCUAUGUCAGCCUUGGGAAUGCCGAGGAUGUCAUGAUGUUUGCUGGAUUGUACGACUGUUGGGAAGGUGGCGAUGGCGACAGUCUCCACACAUUUGCGAUCGUGACAACAGACUCCAGCAAAAGGCUAAGUUGGCUGCAUGGCCGAAUGCCAGUAGUGCUCCGGACCCUGGAUGCGAUCGACGAGUGGCUUGAUCCCUCGUUUGGAGCAGCUUUUCUUUCCAAGUUGUGUGUUCCAUACAAUGGGAGGGACUUGGCCUGGCAUCCUGUGACACACAGCAUCGGCAAGCUGGGCUUCGACGGCCCUGAGUGUUGCAAGGACACAAGGAAGAAAGGCAUUGGCUCCUUUUUCAAGCACAAGGUGUCCAUGGCCAGUGGUGCAGAAGAAAAAGGGCAGAAGGAGAGCAUGCCUGCCACUAGGGAGCUGCAAUCCAAGCUGAGCAGCCUGAAGACAGAAAAUGUUGGCAAGGUGGAAACUUCCAGUUCUACAAAACUGGCAAAGCAAUCUUUGUCUGAUGGGUUGGACCAAGUGAGGGAGGAGGCCUCUCAGAAAGGCCCUCCUGUGAAACCAGAGCAGGAAAUCAUGGAGGGGGUUGAGGAUGCGCCCCAGGCUGGUGUAAGUAAUAGGGAGGAGGUUGAGGCAGGGAAGGGAGCACAUGCGCAGGGUCAGACGUCCAAGAGGGGUCGUGACAAUGCUGGGAUGCUCAGGGCCGUCCCAAAAACGCCCCCAUCCUCUCCAGUCUCUCCUUCCAGCAAACGCCAGAGGGGCUCAAACAACAUGACAAUAACUUCAUUUUUUUCCAGGAGGUAA